GUUUGAAAAUAGCAAACAGGAAGAGCGCGCAAGCAAUGCAGCCAACGAGUGAAAGAUUGGUAGGUAAAGCGACCACCAAGACGACAACAAUGCUGAAACCUUUUAGAAAAACCCCAGCGCUGAACGAGGCGAAUUUGCUGCUGGUGGAAAACGAGGAGCAGCUUCAGUGCAAGUUGGCUGAUCUUAUCCUGCAAAAUGAGAAGGAUGGCUUCAACAUCAAAGUACGGCUGGCUCGACAACUCCCGUUGCCUGUGGAUGGGGAAGACAGUCGUCCACGGAUUGACCUCGUUGUGUUCAUUGUGAACCUAAUGUCUGAGCGCAGCUUGCAGUCUGUAGAAAAGUCAAUCAAAUGUCUGGACCCUGCAUUCUUCCUGGGCAAGGUGUGCUUUCUGGUGACUGGAGCUCGAUGCUUGUCGGUCUCCAAGGAUAACCUGUUGACGGUCAGGAAAAUGGCUGCAUUGUUGCACUGUCCCUUGCUGUUUGCUGAGGAUCAGACGAGUGAAGGGGUGACCACCGUGGCGGUUAGACUACUGAGCAUGCUCAAAGUGGCGGCAGGUCUGGUGCCCAUGGCAACAGGUCUUCAGCUGAACACCCUGGCCCACUGUGUCAUGCCCACGGACAUGGAGGAGAUCGACCUACUGUCCUGAGACAGGAACGCUCAAGCCAUGUUCAUUUUUGUAUAUAUACGUAUGCAUACAGGUGCUGUUUCUGUGCACAUUGCUGGGGUGCAUUUCUGAAAAACAAAGUUGCUUACUACAUUAGCUACUUUGUUGUUUUCAAUGCAUUUUCCCAUUGGCAACUACCAAAGUUGCUAACAGGCUAUUAUUAUAUGGUGUGACGUCAUCGGUCGAAUGCUCCAUUCAUUUCAACGUUCGCACGUCUGUUAUUUUUCGAUAACGGACGGGUUGGUCUAUAACAGACCGCUGUCAAUGGCAACAAGACUUUUCACUGCUAAAGCGACUUUUCAACAAGACUCUAAUCAGCUGCUGUGAUAGACAACACCUGUUGUCCUGGCUACCUAGCUGUUGCCUAGCGAUGUUCCACAACGGCACUGUUUUGUUUUGCGCAGCAACAAUCUUAACAUUAAAUAGGCCUAAAGAAAUGUCCCCGCCAUGUGUGAAUCAUUUAAGUAUAUCCAUAUAAUAAGCGGGUUAACUUUCGGCGAGUCGGUCGCUUUGUGGAAUAGCAGCACUUCAGAGAGAACAAGACCCCUCCGCUCCGCGUCGGGGUCUAAAGAUUCUCUCUGUCGUGCUGCUAUUCCACGGUAGCGACCUUCUCGCCGAACGUUAACCCUUACAUAAUGCACCCCUGUUUUGUUGUACAUGCUACAGGCACACGUGUUUCUUUUAUUUAAUAUACGUUAUGUCUGUAUUGGUUAUGCAUGUAUAAUUGUACUGUAUGCAUGUGUUGUACAGUGUCUGUGUUUUUCUGUCUGUCUUUUUUUUAAUUGUCUUGUGUUUUUUUU